CGUUGUUUGCGAGCAGUUCUCCAUACGUUUAUUGUGGCGCCAAAUACAGCGUUCACUGAAUGAGUGGUAAUUGUGUUGAUAUUGAGUGCUAUCUUGAGAUUAUCACCGGAAACCAUGUCCGACACCACUGGCGCUCAAGUGUUCGCCGCAAUGCGCACCCAAUUGGCUAAUAAUCUGAAGCUGUUGUCCACUCAGGAGUUCAUCAGACGUCGCAAAGAGGACCUCAUUAUCAACGAGGAUACGUACAAGAAGUUGACGCCCAAAGCGUUUCAGUUGAUUACAUACCACUUGUUCCAAACGGUAGACCCCGAGGAAUGCCGGAAGCGCUUCAUCGGCUGUUUCCCGGUUCUCGACCGCAAACAGGAGGGAGAGUUCAGACAAAUCACUAACAAAUGGCUCCAAGAGAUCGCCGCGAAGGAGACGUCGUGUCACUUCCCACGAGUGGUUCCCAUUUAUUUCCAACACUUCACUCCCGAGGUGACGGUCUGCCACUUAUACCUCGAUUUCUCCAACUAUUGUCUCCGGAAACACAUUCAACGC